AUGAGUUUUGCAUCAUGGAAUGUUAGGGGGUUGGCGGGGAUUGGCAAGUUAAGUAUGAUUAAAGCCUUUAGGAAGAAGUUCAAUUUGCAUAUGCUUGGGUUGGUAGAGACAAAAAAAGAGAUGGUAAAUAGAUUUGAUGUUAUGCAGCUGUGGGGUAAUGAUGGGGCCGGGUGGGAGUUUGUGGAAGCGGAAGGGGCGUCUGGAGGGUUGUUGUUGAUGUGGGAUACGACAGUGUUUAAAUUAAGUAACUGUUAUAAGGGUGGUAGAUGGUUAUGUGUGGAUGGAGUGAUGUUAAAAAAUAAUUUUCGGUGUGCGUUUUGCUUAGUGUAUGGUGAGCAUGAUCGAGAGAGUAAGCUCGUCAUGUGGGAAGAGUUGAGUUUCUUGUCAGGCUUAUGCCAAGUCCCUCUUUGUUUUUUGGGUGACUUUAAUGAGAUUGUUCAAGUGGAGGAAAGGCGAGGAUCUAUGUCGUUGCCGAGAUCUGCAGUAGAGUUUAAGUCUUGGAUUCACGAUAUGGAGCUCGUGGACCUAGCUUUAUCUGAUCGUCAGUUUACUUGGUUCAGAGGUCAGUCAUGUAGUAGACUUGAUAGAGUCCUGGUUAGUCUGGAGUGGUUAGAAGAGUUUCCUGAAACAAGAUUACGAGGAGGCCCAAGAGGUUUGUCAGACCAUUGCCCUAUAAUUAUGAAUGUAACAAGAUUGGGAUGGGGGCCAAGACCUUUUCGAAGCCUGGAUGCGUGGUUUACUCAUGAGGGAUUUUUGAGAAUGGUAAAGGAGGAGUGGAGAUGCCUAGGGGAGAUGCAGUUGAUGGACAAGUUGAAGGCAUUGGCGCGUCCACUGGGCAGGUGGCAUAGAGAGAACUUUGGCAAUUUGGAUAGGAGGAUAAAUAAUUUUGAGGAGGAGAUCCGGAAAGUUGAUGAUUUGGUGAGCAUUGGAGUUCAUGAUGGUACCAUGGAGGCUAGAAGAAAGGCACUUGUGAGCGCUUGCAAAGUAUGGUAUGUCAGGAAGGAAAUGCAUUGGAAGCAGAUGUCACGAUCCAGGCAUGCUAAGGAGAUGGAUAAAAAUACUAGAUACUUCCACAACUUAGCCUCGGCUCGGAGAAGGAGUAAUCGGAUUGAUGCCUUAAGAAUCCAUGGACGCUUAGUGCGGAAUCCAGCUCGAAUCAAGAUUGCUAUACGGGACUUCUAUAAGGAGCUGUAUCACCAGGAGAAGUCACCAAAUAUUGGAUUUCGGGAAGGCCUGGUAAGGAGAAUAAAUGGGGACGAGGCAACAGAACUGGAACAGAUACCGAGUGCGGAAGAAGUAAAAUCUGCAGUGUGGUACUGUGUUGGGCAGAAGUUGGGAGGGAAUUCACGGAUGCAGUGUUGGGGUUCUUCCAUUCAGCAGUACUACCGGCGGGGUCAAAUGUCACGUGGGUGGCGCUGGCACCAAAAUUUGUUGGAGCUACAGAAAUAA